AUGUUUGGACGUGCCCAGCACGGCAAUGGCCAAGGUGGUGGUGGAGGCGGUAGAGUAUGCUCUUUCUAUCAGCAAGGGCGAUGCAAAUUCGGAGACAACUGCAAAUUCGAACAUCCUGGCGCCAACAGACCACAAGACAGUGGCAACCGAUUUAAUGCCUUAGGGAACCAGGGCAAUCAGUCGAGACCACCCGCUCCUGGACGAGGGCAGCACUACAGCAGUCAGAAUACUUAUGGAGUGACGAAAGACGGCAUUGAAGGGGAUCUUAGAAAUGAGAAGCCAAAAUGGCCGUUCUCUGCCUACGGUCCAGGCAGGGACGCUCCGAUACAGCUGUUCGGAGGGUAUCCGCUUGAGAUGAGUCCUGAGGAAAUGCGGGUCAUGUACUAUGAAGCUGCUGCAAGCGGUAACCCACAACCCGCGAUACAAGCCGAACAGCAACUUAGUACACAGUCAACACAACAACUGGAGAAAGUCCUCGGUGAUCUGGAUGGCGCGGUCAAAUACGUCCUGGAUGGCGAGAAUCAACACCCAAAUCGCAUAGACUCAUGUCAAGCUGCUGUAGGAAAUGUCUUCCACAGAGGACGAAAGCUGAAUUCCAAAUUUUCAGAUACUCCGGCUCCAGCAAUGGCCCAACCGGCCCAGAAUGGAGCCUUUGGGCAACCUUCUGCUGUGGGUAAUGCAGUGGCGUUCGCUCAACCUUCAAAUCUCCGUGGUGGAGGUAGCUUUGGUCAGGCAUCGAGUCUUGGUCAGAAACAGAAUCCAUUCGCGCAAUCAACGAGCACAGCACCAGUUGGUGGGACCUUUGGUGCUGCUUCAACCCUCGGGCAAAAGCCAAGUCCCUUUGCACAACCCACUACACAACCUUCUGCGGGAGGCUUUGGUCAACCUUCGACUAUAGGAGCCAAGACUAGUCCAUUCAAUCAACCACCAGCAGCGGCGGCGGUUGGAUUUGGGCAGCCAUCGGGACUCGGUCAGGGAAACGUAUUCGCGAAGCCUUCAGGUGGAAUUCAAUCAAGUCCGUUUGCUCAAGCAACACAACCCGGCGUGCAGCCAUCACCUUUUGCGCAAUCUGCGCAGCAAGGAGGAGGUUCCUUUGGCCAAGUUUCAGCGUUCAACCAGACACCGGCUCCUGUUCAACAAAACAGCACAUUUGGGCAGUCUUCUGCUUUGGGUCAGCAACCUCGAGCACCCUUUGGCCAGCCACAAGUACCUACGCAACAGAACUCGGCCUUCGGUCAACCUUCGAUUCCUGGCCAAAAUUCGCCCUUCGGCCAACCAUCAGCGCCUUCUCAACAGAAUGCAUUCGGACAACCUUCAGGCUCGACACAGCAGAUAAAUCCAUUCAGCCAGCCAUCUGCACCAGCGCAACAAAAUGGUGCAUUUGGACAACCUUCGGCUCCAGGGCAGCAGCAGAAUGUAUUCGCAAAGCCUUCACCAUUUGCCCAAGUCCAAGGGGCUCAACAACAGCAACAGCAGCAGUCACCUUUCGCGCAGGCAGCCACAACGAAUACACCAAGUCCGUUUGCUCAGCCUCCCGCGAACACGCAGACAUUCGGUGGCGUCUCUAUCCAGGCUGCCCCAACACAAGCAGAACCGCAGCAGUCGUACGCAGAAGCAGUGCCUCAGGGUGACUGGAUCGUACGCAACGCCAACGGGACAGUCAGAAGCUUCAAAGGUGCGGCUGUACAGUAUAUGGCCUCAGGAAAAGAGGCAGGAGCAACACAAGAGCCACACUACAGAAAGGUCGACGGCAGCAUGGAAAGGAUAUGGCAUCCUGAAGGCAACCCGGCACCAAGGGCAGAGGUAGAAGCACCAGCAGAAGCCUACACUGCUGAAGUUCAAGCGGCGUACAUGUUUGUGGCAGAGCAGGGCAUAUUCAAAGACGGAAUCAUGCCAGAGGUGCCGCCCAAGUGUGAAUGGAUCAGGUGGGAUAUAUAG